AUGGGCAAUAGCAUUUCCAUAAUCAUCGUUCAAAAUUUUGGUGAUGUCAAUAUUAAACCUGUUUGCAAGGCUAUAAAUAUUCCUGGGGCUAAGGAUUAUCCAAAAAGUGAUCUAGCCGCACAGUUAUCUUGGAUCGACCAAUCUGCGCUGGAAUUCUUGACUAAGAACUGGACCCAAAAUUAUCUUUAUGAGUGGAGGGACGAUCGAACUGCACCUGAUGGCGCGGUAACUAAUGGUGCAAUUCAAGGAACGAAGUGGGUUGCUGAGGGUUUCGGAGGUGCGGAUGUAUCUAAUUAUUUUCAGAAAAAAAUUACAGAAGAUUUUACUCAAUUACAACUUAUAACUUUAGGCAAUAAACUUGCCGCAAUUAUUCGGGAAUUACUUAAUGGCCCUGAACAAGGCUUUCGGGACCAACCAACAACUAUGACCAUCGGGGACACCAAAGUCAAUGUUUACUAUGGAGGAGGGACCUUCAAAGGUUCGAAGGAAAAUGUCGUGUUUAUUUCUUAUCUGGUUAGCUGGUAUACUCCAGCAUCUCUAGGUGCAUAA